AUGUCUGCACCUCGAAAUAGUACAGGUCAAUCUGGGAGCAGACAUAGAUCGACAUUGUCCUUGCAAAAGACAGAGAUCACAAUCCACGUUUACGACCUGCUACCGCCAGGUAGACUCUCGUCAGUUCUCUGGACUGUUGGUGCGUCGUUGCUUCAUUCCGGCGUGGUUGUCAACGGUAAAGAAUAUGCGUACGGUGGCCAUGAUAAGCGCGACGUAACUGGUGUUUACUGGACCAAGCCCAAGACCGAACCUCCCGGUGGCACGUUUCGAUGCGAAAUACUCCAGGGGUUUACCCUUGCCACUCAGGAUGAGAUUGACGUUGCAUUACGCGCUGCGUCGGACGAGUUUCUCGGUACUUCAUACAAUUUGCUGACAAAGAACUGCAAUCACUUCACAUCGUACCUUUGUCAAAAAUUGACUGGCAACUCUGGUCCGGCCUGGCUCAACAGGGCUGCGAAUAUCGGUGUCGCUCUGCCUUGCGUAGUACCUCGAGAAUGGAUUGAACCACCUGAAUACGAAACAGCCGACGGCGAGUUAUUGGAUGACGAUGAGGAGGUUGCUGAUGAGUCUUCGCCCUUCCGGCAGCAGAACGAGCUCCGCGAUAGCUACGGCCUGUCGCUUUAUCUCCUUGAACUCGAGGGCGCAUUCAUUGCCUAA